GCGCCGCCUCAAAGCAGUUGAUGCCUGCGCGUCGCGAGGAAGACACCGCUAGCAGACGCCUGAGUAGUGCUAACAAGUGAAGUGAUCGAAAUAUUACGAGUGAUUCUAUACAGUUUUGAACCACCGGUGAUUUUAUUAAAGGGGUGACUCUACGAAUGAUAGAGUAGCUACGCGUUAAUAAAAUCAACAUGAGGUUUUUGGCGAGGUUACAGUUGCUGACGUGCCUGAUGGUAUGCGCACCAUGCGCAAACGCGAUCAUGGUGAAGUUUGGGACCAAUGACGGUCCAAUCGUGCCACCUACGCCGGAGCCGACGCUGCCGACGCCGCAGCCGUACCGUGCCCCGGCGCCUGUAUGGGAAGAAAAGUCCAAUGACACGCCCGACCCUAAUGCACACUGGAGACCUCAGCUAUUCAUACCUCAGCCAAGAUACACUCAAAUCAUCUACAACUCGCCGCCACCCACUCCUGUGCCUCUCAACAAUGCGCAACGAUUCGUCCAGUCCUACAUCCCGAGUGAAGACCCAAGACCGGUGAAAGCUGAACCAGUGAAGAACUACUUCACCCCAUCCCAGAUACUCAGCUCUCAGAGUCUACCCGGUUUUGGGAUCAGAUACUUCGUGCCGACUUACAUUACCGACCAGAAGAACCGGUUCAAGGCAGAAGAUGCGAAACAGAACGAGAUAGCGACCAACGAAGUGAACACUGGUAACGAAGACUCCAGCAGCGAUCUUCAGUGGAAGUAUGAAAAGGAUCAGGCGAAGAGGACUGUCAGACAUACGCAAGAAAGCGUCGUACUUCCAGUAGUUUACCAGUGGCCGGCGUACUACCCUUCCCGGCAUCUGUAGUUUUAGUCUAGUUUGUAAUUUAAGUCUAGCCAGAAUUGAAAAUUUUGAAAUGCAACAGGAAUCUGAAUUAUUUGAACUUAAUUUCGGGGGUCAAUAAUGUAGCUGACAAAGUAAGAGAACAAUAUUUUCUCGAGUUUCAAACCCUGUGGUUUUCAAUUCUGGCGGGAGCCAUACUGUAUAAAUAAACAUCGCAGAUCAAACAACUUAAGGUAGCUAAGUAUUUAAACUAAUCGCUGUGAUGUCAUUAGUUAGUUAUAUUGUAAGAUUAAAGUGCCAGAAGAAAUAUUUUAUAUCUAUGCAACUCGAAUAAACACAAAACUGUUCGUUAUGUUGUUUGCUAACUAAAUCUAAACUAAUAUUAUAAAGCUGAAAAUUUGGUUUAUUUGUUUGGUUGAACGCGCUAAUCUCAUAAAUUACUGGUCGAUUUGAAAACUGUUUUUGUGUUGGAUAGCCCAUUAAUCUACGAAGGCUUAAACUUAAGGGCGGAACAGUAAAGAAAAAUGUUGAAAAAACGGGAAAUAUUAUUCAAACUAUUUUCACGCGUACGAAGUCGCGGGCACAGCUUACUAAAAUUUAAAUUUUGAAACCACUGAAUUAGUUGAGAUGUUAUCAAUUUGGAGUGAAACAAAGGUGUCAGGUACGAUGUUGUAGCGGCGUCGCAGAUCUGAUAACCGAAAAUUAGGACUGGGUCAUAAUUAUCUUGAAUCCUUUAAUGUUCAUCGUUUUUAAGAAUGGAACUUAACGCAACUAAUUCAUUGUCUUCAGUAUUUUUAAAACAAUUAUAAAGCAAUCCUUAUCCUUCAAUCAGCACUGUAGAACUUCAGUUUAUCCGAUUAAAUUUUAAUUAACAUUUUAUUGUUUGACAAGUUCGUAUUUGGUUUAACUGCAACAGCUUUUAGCGCCAUUAAAACUUUCAAGUGUUAUUAUAACAAACAAUUUUAUGAUCUUAAUAGAUUAAAUUUUAUAUAACAACCAAACUGACGUGAAACUAUUGCAGUUAAAACGAGUAAGUAUCGAUAGAAGUAGUUAUUAGUUUGUAAAUAUAAAAAGUAACGUUAAUUGGAUUAAUUUCGGCUGUCGGCAGUAUUGUAAAGGAACAUUAAGUUGAUGUUUAAAUAAGUGAUAUUGUUUUGGAUGAUAAAAAGGUAAUGAAAACGAAAGAGGUUCCAGAAAUGGCUGCAAUAACUUCCGAGAAGUUCGCAAAUCACAUAACAGUAAUGAUGGUAACCUUUAACGACAAUCGUCUUCAUACUGCCAACAAUCUAAAUGUUACAUAAAAUGUAUUGUUCGGCCCCUAAUGACAAUGUACUUCCACAUUUCACUAUGCCAUUUGCCAGUCAAUGGUAUCGUGCGAGCAUUGAUAAUAGCUGGAGCAAUUAUGAAUAGUCUUUGUAGAGCAAAGCAAAUACCGUCUCUAUACAGGGUGUUGUUUUCAAUACUCGCCAUAUUUAGGGAGUUAAUUAAGUGUCUUAUUCUGAUCACGAAACAGUAAAAAAAUUGACUUCGAAAAAAAUUUAAAACGAACCUUAACUUUAGUUAGUAAAAAAAAAAAUACUUAUUUACACUACAGUAGAACGCCGAUUAUCCGAACGCCGAUUAACCGAAUCGCCAAUUAUCCGAAUCGGUCCUAAGCGUAAUAUAAAAAAUUAAAACCAAGUAAUUUUUGAUUUUUUUGUUAGAAUUCGGAUAUAUUUCAACUGAGCGUUAUUGUAGCAGUUCUACAAUAACGCCAAGUAGGAAAUAUAACUGUUUGUUAAACUAAUUAAAGUUUAUUCUAUGUGUGACGGUUGGUUUUUCCCUAUCACCAGUCUAUGUCCGAUUAUCCGAAUUUUCGAUUAUCCGAAUCGACCCCGGUCCCAAUUAAUUCGGAUAAUCGGCGUUCUACUGUACCUACUUUACGUGGCUUCCUUCACUAGGCUAUCAGGUGAUAAGCGAGCGAUCCGCGUAGCUUGAUGGUGCCGCAGUGUUAACUAUUGCAGUUUUGCGAGCCACAGUAAGAUGAUUUCACACGGAAAAUAUUCGCUAAAAAUUCCACUUUCGUUUGUAAUUUUUUUUAGUGGAUAAUGCGUGUACAUAAGUCAUACUAGAGCGCCUAAAUAAAUAUGGCGAGGAUUGAAAUCAACAUCCUGUAUUCAGAGACCGUGACAAAUAACUUUUUAGCUUAUUUUGAAAACCUAUUUGCAAUUUAUGCGACUUCAAAGGAAUUCUUCGGUCGUUAGUAACUUUCCCCUCACAUAUUGGUUGACCGACUAGAUAAUAAUAUAUUGUACAAAGAAAAUCACGAAGACACUUUCCUACAUUUCAGUUUUGUAUUGUCGUUUUAAAAAGAAAGUUAAAGUCUUAUCCAAUAUUUCUUAAGUCUAAGUUUGUAUAACUUACUAUUAUUUUCAUAAUGAAAUUAGUUUUAUAAUCAACUCCAGUGCAUUUUGGUUGAAAUUUAUCGUUUAUUUGAAACUUACAAAAAGUUGUUAUGUUUUAUUUAAUAUUUUUAUGUGUGUGUAUUUACAUAUUUUUAUUUGUUUAUACAUUAGCUGUAAUUUAAUGCUUGUAAAUAUGUAAAAUAAAAUACAUUUUUUAUUGAAAUAUA